AUGUUGAUAACCCCACGGACCUCCAUUCUUGACGCAAUUCACAAUACGUUCAUUGGUGAAGGUGAAGAGGAAAUGAUCACCCCAUGCAGCAACCUCCAUAGGAGCAUUGAGGUGCCAUUUAGAUCGGAUCGCACUCCUGAAGGAAUCAAAAUUCACCGUGCAGACGGUGUUCAGUUUGCCAACCAAGAAGAAUCAAGGGGCUAUAAAUCCUUGAGUAGGACAUUUGAGGUUCCCCAAGUCGACUGGUUCACCGUGACUGGAAAGUUACAACAAAGUUAUGAUAUCUUCAAUUGUGUAAUAGGUCUUUGCAUUGCCUGGACCACCAUCCAAGCCUUCUGUCUUCUUGCAAGAAGAAACAAUGCCAUACCCAGACAGCUUCUUCCACCAGGACCAAAGCCAUAUCCACUGGUAGGGAAUCUGUUUGAGCUUGGAGACAAACCCCAUGUCUCCCUCACUAAGCUUUCCCAACGCUACGGCCCAAUUAUCAGUUUGCAACUAGGCCAAUUAACCACAGUCGUAGUUUCUUCGCCGACUCUCGCCAAAGAAAUCCUUCGAACUCAUGACCAAGUCUUCUGCAACCGAAACCUACCAGAUGCAGUUCGCGCAUGCAAAUACAACGAGUACACCAUCGCUUGGCUUCCUGUACAAGAAAGAUGGAGAAAACUUCGUACAAUAUGCAACUUACAAUUGUUUGCACCCAAAGUUCUUGAUGCCAACUACUCCAAUCGGCGCGUAAAGCUCCAAAAGCUUAUAGAUGAUGUCAACGAAAGUAUGAGGGUGGGGGAGGCAAUAGAUGUGGGAAAGGCAGCUUUCACAACAUCCCUCAAUCUGUUGUCGCAGACUAUAUUCUCCAUAGAUUUAGGUCAACCGAAUAGUGAGACAGCUAGGGAGUUCAAGAAGACUUUUGGGGGUAUAAUGGAAGAGGUAGGGAAACCAAACUUGGCGGACUAUUUCCCUUUGCUUAGGAAGCUUGACCCCCAAGGUAUAAGGAGGCGCACAACCUAUUACUUCCAUAAAAUAUUAGGCAUUCUGGAUCGAAUGAUCCAUCAAAGGUUGGAAUUAAGAAGAGGGGACAAUUAUAUCACAACCAAUGAUAUGUUAGAUACGCUUCUCAACAUCAGUGAAGAGAAAAUGGAGGAUAUGGACUUGCGCGAAACUCAAAUCUUGAUCCUGGAGUUGAUUGUUGCUGGCACGGAAACAAGUUCAGCCACACUAGAAUGGGCAAUGGCCGAGUUACUACGCAACCCAGAAAUUCUUUCAAAAGCUCAAGCAGAACUUGAGCAAGUGAUUGGAAAAAGGAAACUAGUUGAGGAAUCAGACAUUGCUCGACUCCCUUUCUUACAAGCAAUACUCAAAGAAACAUUUCGGCUUCAUCCUACAGCUCCGUUACUACUUCCCCGGAGUGCAGGAGCAGAAGUAGAAAUUGGGGGGUACAUAAUCCCCAAGGGUGCUCAAGUUUUAAUCAAUGCUUGGGCCAUAGGCAAAGAUCCCAACACUUGGGAAAACCCAAAAAUGUUUAUGCCGGAGAGGUUCUUGGGAUUAGACAACCAAAUUGAUGUUACAGGAAAAAACUGUGAGCUUAUUCCGUUUGGUGGUGGGAGAAGAAUGUGCCCUGGACUUCCGUUGGCAACAAGAAUGUUACAUUUGAUGCUAGGUUCACUACUUCAUUGUUUUGACUGGAAGCUUGAAGAUGGAGUCGUCCCCGAGACUUUGAAUAUGGCAGAGAAGUUUGGCAUCACCCUACACAUGGCUCAGCCUCUGAGAGCUGUCCCAAGAAAAUCGUUGGAAAAGCAUUACCGGUUGUUGAGAGACUAG